AUGAGCUCCAUUUGGUACGCUCCUCAAGAAGCUGCACUUCUUCUCGUGUCCAUCGCCACUACAGUCGGCUCUUAUGAGUUUUCUUGGCUCGCAUUUCGGAUUCUUCACCGUGUCGAGACGCUAUUCAAGUACUACGAAGAGCCAAACAGUGAGAGUCAAGAGUCGAUCCAUUCUUCGCGAGCGAGCAAUGGUAGUGCACGCGAAGAAGACAUUAGCUUCCUUAUUGACUCACAGCAGUGCGUGGUUACGUCGCUCGCCCAAGUGCUCUUUUACCGGGGUAACCAGUGGCUUGCAGCUCUGAUACUUGCUCUACCAACGUCAAUGGUGUUCGUCGGCAUCGACGGUAAAGCUCUCAAUCAGAUUCGACCGACGAAUCAAAGCUUGGAGACUUUUGUAUGGGCCUAUCUCAUUCCUACGAAAUACGUGGCAGCGCUGUGUGGCUGGUUCGCUCCGAGCUGGAUCUGGAUGGUGCUUAUCUUGUGGCAGUCGGAGGUCUUCAGCGUCAUGGCGAUGCUGGUUCAGCAAUGCCCAAUUGCAGUCUUCACUUGCACUGACAAUACCAACAGUAACUACCUGUUAACUGUGUUUGCUGUGGGGUAUAUUGUGAUACUGCUGGUCUGUACGCUAACCAGUGUUGAGCGCGUGUUGGUUGUCCAAGCUGCACUCGCUAUUACCGGUUUUUCGUUCAUUCAUGGUCUCGGUUUGUCGAUGGUCGCUUUACUUGAUGUGAGCGAUCUUGAACGCUCUCGGAGUAUUGUCACACUAUUGCUGACCAUUUUCUGGGCUGCUCAGACAUGCGCGUAUGUCUGGAAAAGACUUGCAGCUCCGUGGUGGGGACAUUCGACACCGCUGUGCACUCGAAUAUCGACUCAAUUGGACAUGGAGAGCUUGCUAGUAGCUAUUGGAGUUGGUGCGAGCAUUACAGUUGUUGCACUACACUUCAAUUCACCGUUUGGUGGGGAGAAUGUGGGGGUGUAUACUUUGCUGGCGGCUUUGGGGAUCAUCUGCAUGCAACUCGGGGAAAUUAUUUUGGAGUUAUGGGGACAAGCUGCUGGAGUUAAGCAUACUGGAAGGAGUUUACCGGGAAACCGUGGGCUGUUGGAGCGCACCACCGUGUUGGUCGCUGGGGUGAUCGUAUUCCUACCGUAUCUAGCAGCGCAAUCGAUAAAUUAGAAAGAUUUAAAGUAUCGAAUAGAAUAGUUUUCAGAAGCU